GAAACACCACUCAUCAAUCUUUUGCUUCACCUACAGACAGUCGUUUCAAUUUACAGUCGUUGCUGCUAGUUUGCCAAUUGCAAUCUCGCAAAACCCUCUCCGGACUACGACCCUUUUUCCUACACCUUUGGCCAAAAAAACCACGAGCCGAGGUUGGCCUAAACCUUUCCAUUCUUCGAGAUGGAUGCACCUACUCUGCCCAGUAAAUGUCCUGGGUACAAUAUUUACGUUGAUGGGUUUCAAGCCUUGCGACGGCCUCAGGUUCUGCAGGCGUCCAAUAUCACCCAUGUUGUUUCUGUCAUUGAUUGGAAAUUCAAACCAGGCUGGGCCCCGCUCCGUGGGGUUCAGCAUCUGCAUAUUCCCCUGGAUGAUGUCUACGAUUCCAACAUCCUGGAACAUUUCCCUCGGAGCAAUGCCUUCAUUCACGAAGGCCUGAAUUAUUGGCCCACCAAAUCUUCUGAAGGUCUUGAUCAAAGCGGAGUGCUUGUUCAUUGUGCUAUGGGCGUCUCCCGUUCGGCGACAAUAGUCCUCGCCUAUUUGAUGUGGAUCUCACGUCAACCGAGAUCCAUUCAACACCCAGAGAAGAACUCAAACCCAGUACCUUCAUCAGCAACGGAAGAAAGUAAUGACUCGACUCCAGAGAUGAUCUCUCUUCCACCUACGCCGCUUACGGUCGAUUCUGCACUGGCUCUCCUCCGUGAAGGACGUCCCCAUGUCGAACCCAAUUCCGGUUUCAUCAAGCAGCUGCGCAUGUACGAAGCCAUGAACUGCCCUACCACGCAGGAACAACUCGAAUCACACAAGAUUUACCGCCGCUGGAUCAACUCCCGCAAUGUAAUGGAUGCUCUUAGCUCAAAUCGUGCACCUGAGAUGGCCAACAUAACCUUCCGGGAUGAGGAGGACGAAAGUGAUGACGAGUCAAACUCGAACAUCAAUGACCAAAUGAGUGGUCUCGGUCUAUCGAGCAAGGAUGCCGAGAUAACGGAUCCGGACAUAUCUACCUCAUCCUCCCCGAAUGAGGCCGCAUCACCAGCUCCAGAAGUAGAACUGAAAUGCCGCAAAUGCCGGCGGCUCAUUGCCAGGUCCAACUUCAUCAUCCCACACAAACCGCCUCCACAUCGUGACCCGUCUGUCGACGGCUCCAUGGAGCCUUGCGCACACGUCUUUUUGCAUCCCUUGUCCUGGAUGCGAGACACGCUGGCUCAGGGCGAGUUGGACGGACGUUUGUCCUGUCCCAACCUGAAGUGCGGUGCGAACAUUGGAAAGUUCGCUUGGCAAGGCUUACGAUGCAGCUGUGGCGGCUGGGUGACACCGGGCUUCGGCAUCGCCAGGAGUAAGGUGGAUGAGGCCCGCAGUUUCAAGCGAGGCUCAGGAUCGAGGUUGGGAGGUGCACCUGCAGCGGGCAAUGCAGUGAGAUUGCCUCCAGGGAUGAGGAGGUCGAGUGGGAACGGGAAUCUGUAAAACGCCUGUGUCAAUGUUCGAUGCACCAGACUGUAUGUGUGGGUUUUGCGUCGGGAGUCGCACCUUUUACAGACAACACCGGUUCGCGACAACUCCAUUACUUACUUGACACCCCUUGUGACGCAUCUAGAACAUGGAAAGAGAUGACCAACACGAAUGAUGACGAUCAAUGGUUUGAAAGGGGGAAAGGAGAAUUUCUUUUGACCAACUAUUCACAAAAAGGGUGUUGCUAGGAGGGAUCCACUCAUCCAUUGGAGACACAUCGAAUGAGACUGCAAUACGAUGCAGCCAGGCGUGGAAGGGGUCACGAGUCCAGGUACCUGAAGAAUGGUCUUUUCUGUGGGACCAUCUCCUCACGGUGUUUGCUUUUGUGAUGGCCCAAGUCGCGACGAGGUCAUGCACGAAUCCAAGAGUGAAGUGUUGAGUUGGUUAGGUUCGGAAUGAUCCACCAGAUCCCCCUUCGGACGUUCCUCCGUUGGCGUCUGUGUGGAAAGGAUGAACCGAAAGCAAAACCCGACACGAGGAAAGACAUCAUCUCCGGCCUUACCUUCGAAGCUUCAAAUGAAUGAGCGACAGGGUUCCCACGGCGGACCAAAACACGACCCAAGGCUUAUGUGCACUCUCAAACACAAAAGGGGCCGAGGCACAUAGCAGCGAGGUGGGCGGGGGCGAGAGGAGUGUGUCCGACGACAUUCCUUACCCCGUACCCUAUAAGGCGAUGUGUUGUUUUUGUCCAAGUACGAGGAUUCCAACCGGUUACAUGCUUUGCGAGCAUUUUUCGUUAGUCUUCCUUUCGCCACCAGAACCUCACCAGCCGUGUCAACUCGAGAGCGGAGCAAUGGCGACUCGGUACCUGGGCUACUGGAUGCAUUGGGGCUUGUCACGGAAGAGGAAGACACCCCCCGGAAAAGAAAAAGAGAAACGAUUAGUGUCCAUGUUCUGGCCUUUGGGGAGGGGAGGCUGGGCGGGGGGUAGGGCCCGGUGAUCACGAAUGAUGACAAAUAAGCAACGCCCACACACAAGACUUGCGCAAGCCUUUUUGAGGUGAUUUUUCUCUUUCUGGGCAUCAAGAACGAACACGAGAUUAAUCUAGGUAUAAAAGGGGACUAGAAUAUAUACGGCACGAAUGAAAAUGGCAAGGGUUUUGUGAGGUAAUUUUUGGCUGUUAGGACCACAAACGAGCUAUCCAAGUGAGGAAAAAAAG